UAUAUUUAAUAAUCACUUUUUUAUUCAAUAAUCACUCAAGUCUAAAUAAAAUUAAUUUUGUUUGUCUUAUCAUAGUUUUCUUAUAGUGUUCAUUAUAGUGUUUUUAUAUACAUUUUUUGCAUGUAACAUUAAAUGUAACAUUAAUUGAAAUGAUUAGUGCAAAUCAAUAAUUCAUUUUCACCCACAUAGCACAUGUAGAUUCUGAGAAUAUUUUGAGAAUAGCGUCGAAGUGUAUGCUUAUAUUCUAGGAAUAUUCGAAAUAUACUACGAUAUACUAAGUAUACUCAGAAUGCUACUAUGUCCGAGUUUUCUUCUUCUCCAGUACAUACUGAGAAUAUCUUUUAGGAUAUAAUUAGUAUAUUUAUAGAAUGUCUUGAGUAUGUCAUUAGUAUAUGUACAUGGUGUCUGAUAAUAAACGCCUCACCUGUUAUGUACAAAUAGAGCGGAUUAAACCAAGUAGGAAAGUCCUUUACCAUUUUUUUUAACGCUUAAUAAAAGAAUUAUUAUUAGUAGGAAAGAUAGGCCGCUUCUAGCUCUCUUCGCUCUUAAGAAACGCUGUAAGAGUAAAAGAGACGGGUAUAUAAAAAAAUAAGAUAGAAAAAUAUCUCGGAGAUGAGGAGACGGCAUGGCGGUAGAAGAGGCGGGGUACGUAUGGCGAGGGAGGCGUGGGACGGGGGAGGGUAUCGCGCGCGCUGUCGUAGGCGAGGGGUGGAGGAGGGGCGAGGGGGGUGUGGUUUCGAAGGACGAUUCGCGGUUUUCUUAUCGGCGCGGCUUAGAGCGCGAUGCGUCUAAUUAGAGGACGAUGCGUCGAUCGCGGUUUCUUUUACGGGCGCCGCUUCGAGCGCAUCGCUUAUUAAUAGGCGUCGCGACGUCCGACGAGAAGCGAUUCGAAGGACGAUUCGCGGUUUUCUUAUCGGCGCGGCUUAGAGCGUGAUGCAUCUAAUUAGAGGACGAUGCGUCGAUCGCGGUUUCUUUUACGGGCGCUGCUUCAAGCGCGCCGCUUAUUAAUAGGCGUCGCGACGUCCGGCGAGAAGCGAAAAUAAUCGCCUCGUUCGGCUUCUCUUGUCGUUCGGCGAUAAGAAGAGCGUCCGGCGACGGAGUUAUCCGGCGCGGUUAACCGAGAUGCGCUUUUUUCCAUUGUUCUUGUCGUUAUAAAAGGAUGUCGCUAUCGCGAGAUAUUAGUUCGUUCGGAGAUAUUUUUCCGGAAUGUCGCGAUGAGGCGUGUACCCGGCGCUUUGACGAGAUUAGCCGGAAGAGCGAUUAAUACUCAUAUUAAUAGUAUCGAUAAUAUUCGCGUUUUAGAAAUUCCGACUUGUUUGAAGGAGGAAUUACGUAAAAAUUGUAUAGAGGACUGUUUAUAUUGCGAGGAGGAGAUAGAUUUCGCAGAGGAACUCGUGCGAGAGGCGAACAAGGCGCGGUUCGGCGAACCCUUCGCGGACGUCGGAACCGAUCUCUAUCUGCUUUAUCGCAAGUGGAAGUGUUGGUACGGCGUUCCGGAUUUUUCGUGGGAGAGGAAUCACGUCGUGCAUUGCUACUAUCGGUUCGGUUGCUUGUUCGAUAAUGGGAGAUAUAUCGAGGAGGAGGAGAGAUAUUGCGCGGAUUGCGCGCACCGACCGAGUUACGUCAGACGGAGGUGACGGUCGGUGAGGUGGUGCGAGGGAGUUAUCUCAUCGACGAGAUCUUCGACGUAUCGAGACACUGGUGCAGCGGCUGCGAGACGAGAGCCUUGUUUUACAUCGAGGAGUUCGAGGAGGGGGAAACGUGGUUCGUCUGUAGGAAGAUUCUGCGCGCGUUGAGAAACGAUUGAUGGAUCGAGGAAUCGCGGAGAACUCUCUCGAAACGCCGAGGUAUACGCCGAACGCUUUGACGAGGCUAGCCGGAAGAGCGAUUAACACUCGAAUUAAGACUAUCGAGGAUAUACGGACGUUGAGAGUACCGAUCCAUUUGAGCGAAGAAUUGCGCGGUAAUUACAAAGGGGAUCGUUUAAGCCGUGGAAGAGAAAUCGGUUUUACGGAGAAGCUCGUGCGAGAGGCGAGUAACGCGCGGUUCGACGAAUCCUUCAUGGACGUCGGAGCGGAUCGCUAUCUGCUUUAUCGCAACUGGAAGCCGCGUUACGGCGUUCCGAACUUUGCUUGGCAGACUAAUCACGUCGUGCGUCGCUAUUACAGGAUCGUAUACUGGAAGAAUAUUAAGGAAGAGGGGAGAUUUUGCGCGAAUUGCGUGUACUAAGCGAUCGACGAGAUCGAACCGCCGUUUUUAUUAAAAAGAAUGGUGAUUAGCGACGCGGUGAAAGCGUCCGAUCUCGUCGACGAGGUCCUCGGUUCGUCGAAACAUUGGUGCAGCGGUUGCGAGACGAGAGCUUUGUUUCAUCUCGAAGAGUUUAAGGAAGAUACGCAAUUUAUCAAUAAAAAGUCUUAUAUAUGGAGAAAUGGAGAGAGAAACGGACGAGAGCGAUCUCCUCGAAAGCGCGCGGAACGUCGCGUCGACGGACGCGUAUCUCGCGUGGGCGCGACGAUGCGACGAGCGUCUCGAGUCUCUGCGGGAGAGGUGCCGAGGGGGGCGUCGAGGGAGAUCUACCGGGGCGAUCAGCUCUCUGAUCGCUCGAGUCGUUCGACUGAUGGGCGCGAGGGAAAAUCUGCGCCGACGCUUCGAGCGCUCGAAUGGCGGCGGGGGGCGCGAGGGAUUCUCGUGGUCGGAGAUCGAGACGGCUUUCGCUAAGCGCGUUUUAACCAGCGCCGUUAUUAAUAUCGAUUACAUCGAACUAUUGCGAUUUCUCGAGGACGCCAGGGAUACGGUGCUCGAUCGAGUACGCGACGUUAUGAAUAGAUACGACAGCGUCAAGGUCAAUACCGCGUUCAACGGCGAGUUCGUCUCGGGUGACAAGAUCGCUGUUAAGACUAUCGUCGCGAAGAAUCAUCCGCUUUUGCCCACGUCCAAUUUGCGAGAGUGGUACGAGAAGCGCGUAGUCGAUGUAAUUCUAGCGUCGUUGGAAGAAUUUCAAGAGCGCGAUAGCGGAUGGGCGUUAUCGCGAAUAUUGAAUCUAACGGUGAACGUGAACAGAUAUAAUUUUAUGCGCGCCGGAUGUUACGUCGAAAUUCCGCGAGAGAUCAAGUUGAAAAGAGCUGUAAUUAAUGUGCGAUCUACGGACAAUGCGUGUUUCGCGUGGUCGGUGGUCGCCGCUCUAUAUCCGGUCGAAAAGAACGCGGACAGAAGCUCGCGGUAUCCUCACUAUACAGCGGUGUUGAAUCUGGAGGGUGUCGAAUUUCCUAUGAACUUGAACGGAAUCGCUAGAUUCGAGUGUCUCAACGAUAUAUCUAUCAACGUAUAUACUAUUCGAGAUAAGAAGGAUAAGAAAAGCGAUAAGAAGAAUAAGAAGAGAGAUAUCGUUCCUCUGCGCCUCACCGAUCGCAAGAGGGAGAGACACGUUAAUUUGUUGUAUCUUAACGACGCGAAGCCGCAUUUCGCGUGGAUCAAGAAUCUGUCCCGUCUCGUCGGCUCGCAAUUGAGCGCUCGGCGACACAAGGAGCAUAUAUGCGAUCGAUGCAUGCACUAUUUUCGAACGAGCGACAAGUUAUCGGCUCACAGCGAGAUUUGCGAGAGAAUGAACGAGUGCGCUAUCCUUCUUCCGACCGAAGAGGACAAGUGGUUAAAUUUUAACAAUUACGAGAAGAAGGAGCGAGUUUCGUUCGUGGUGUACGCCGAUCUGGAAUGCGUCAAAAUUAACUUUUUGGAAUAGAGUAGCGUUUGAUUGACCAAACGCACAGGACAAAGAAACUUUUAUUUCUUUCAUUAUUAUUGGUCGAUCGAAUGUUUUUUUUAUUUCAAGGAAAUUUUUAAAUUUUGGAACGUAAAAUCCACUGAAAUUCAAUUAAAAUUUACUCCUUGGAGUGCUUGAUCAAUCAAAACAAAGAAAAUUUUGUUUCUUUUAUUCUGAUUGGUCCAAAUGUCACUCUAUCCCAAGAAAUAAAUUUUGAAACGCAACUCUGAAAAUUCACAUCGUAAGCAACUAUAGUAUAUAGCAAAUACAUAUGUAGCGUGAGCAAUGUGGAAGUAUGCGACGAGUUCCUGGCAACUUUUCUCCCGAUCAAAAUCACGUGCCAUCCGCGCGAAUCUCGCGUCUUUGCCUGUAUCGCACGCAUACACGAUAUCAAAUGGUUAUUGACCUGCGACCGUUAACAAUCAGGCUAAUCAGUCCCGCUUGAGGUCGUCCCGCUUUUACGAAACUAUGUCAGAGUUAGGAGACAAUCGCGAUGAAGUGAUAAUCCACACGCCAUUUCCUAACACGGAUCUCCAUCCCUUAUAUACAGCUUGUUUUACAUGCACGAAUGUGUUUGAUAUGAAGAUCUCAUUACGAUUCACAUUUACAGAACCUCAUUACCUCAUAUGCUUACGUUCGAUUCGAACGAUAGCACGUGUAAAAGAUAAUGUGUGCGACUAAAUUUGUUUAUUUAAUCGACAAGAAUGAAUGAAGUCUAUUACUACGCUUAUUGCAUAUCUUUCUUCGGUAUUUUUCUCUCUCCUUUUUUUAUAGAUGAAUCAAUAGCACAUUAGAAGAAAAUUAAUGCUACCUUCUUAGAGAAAACUGGUAGAAAGUAUCUAAUUUAUACGAUCGAAUAAAAUCUUUUAUCAUUGUCUGAUCAUUAUGUAAUGAUCAAUUUUUAAUGUUAUUACAAUGAAACUCAUUGGGAGAAAAAUUAGAAGUUAAUUAUAAGAGAGAGAAGACACAGCUAAAUCUCUUCUAAUAUUAUAAAAAUAUUCCACUUGUCAUUGAUGUAUGUCAUAUGCCAAAAUAUCCGAAAUGCUAAACUUUAUCGAUCAAUGUCAAUGACACGAAAAUAUUAAUAUAUCAUGUAUACUAUGGUAUAUUUAUAUACAACAAAAUUUUACUCGCAAAACGUAUCUACUGUAUAAUUUCUUUUCUAGAAAUAUAGAAAUGUUUAUAUAUUCGUUGAAACAGAUCAUAGAAGAGAUUUACUAUCUAUUUCACAAUCUAUCAUGAUCGCGAUAAACCUCACAAUGAUUGUGUCGGAAGUGUAAAAAGCCAAUGACUCACUUGGAGAUGUUGGAUAAACUAUCGUUUUAAAGUUUCGCUAUAUUACAGCUUCAUUUUAAUUCUUCUCUCGCCAAAUCAAUUGAGACAAUAAAAAUUAUAAAGCACA